CCUUUUCCGCCGUGUAGUUCCCGCCGGCGGGGAACCCCUAUGGGUUGGCUGGAGCUGCCCGGCGGCGCGGACUACAUCUCCCAGCGGGCUCUGCGCGGAGUGGACGAGAAGGCUUUAAUCUCGCGAGAAGCCGCCACCGCCCGUUGCCGUCGGUGGGGGCUCAAGAUGGCGGCGCGGCGGGGCGGCCUCCUCUGCCUCCCUCUGGCCCUGACGCUCCUGUUCGGUGGCAGCAGCGGCAGCAGCAGCGCUGGGGCGGUCGAGUCGCUGCCCGUCGCCUCCUCCGAGCCCUUUGACUCCGUCUUGGGCAACACGGCGUCGUGUCACCGCGCCUGCCAGCUGACCUACUCCCUGCACACCUACCCCAAGGAAGAGGAGCUGUACGCCUGCCAGCGAGGCUGCAGACUGUUUUCCAUUUGUCAGUUUGUGGAUGAUGGCAUCGAUUUGAAUCGAACCAAACUGGAAUGUGACUCUGCCUGUACUGAAGCAUACUCCCAAUCUGAUGAACAAUAUGCUUGCCAUCUUGGAUGCCAGAACCAAUUGCCAUUUGCUGAGUUAAGGCAAGAGCAACUAAUGUCCCUGAUGCCAAGAAUUCAUCUCCUCUUUCCUCUGACACUGGUGAGAUCAUUCUGGAGUGACAUGAUGGAUUCUGCUCAGAGCUUUAUAACAUCCUCAUGGACUUUCUACCUUCAAGCAGAUGAUGGCAAAAUUGUCAUAUUCCAGUCAAAGCCAGAAGUACAGUAUGUUCCACAGCUUGAUCAGGAACCUGGAGAUUCAAAAGGAUCCUUGUCAAUGAGUAAAGCAGCCUCAGCUGCACAUCCAGGAAGCUCCCAGACAUACCAAGGACUCUUUGAAGAGAGAGAAAAUGACAGCUUGUUCAAGUGUCUCUCCAUAAAUUCCAGUUGGAUUUUAACCACCACACUCGUCCUGUCAGUGCUGGUGCUGCUCUGGAUUUGUUGUGCAACUGUAGCUACAGCUGUAGAGCAGUAUGUUCCAUCUGAGAAGCUGAGCAUCUAUGGAGAUUUGGAAUACAUGAAUGAGCAAAAACUGAACAAAUACCCAUCCUCUGCACUUGUUGUGGUUAGAUGCAAGACUGAGGAACACGAAGAAGCAGGACCUCUUCCUACAAAAGUCAAUCUGGCUCAGUCAGCAAUUUAAAUAAGUCUCCUGUGGAACCAAUAGACUAAUUCUAACAGAGCUAGCAACUCCUGAUUUUAUUUUUUUUUUGUGAUGGUUCUUCAGAUAAGAAGCUUAGCAGCCAGUCUUUAAAUGCAAAUAAAGUUACAGAAUCAACAAAUGCCAUGGGAUUGUGUUUUCAGCUAGUAAUGAAGAUUGACAUCUUGAAUUUAUGUUUGUUUCCAGACAGUCACUUCUCAGCUGUGUUUGCUGUGUGUCUUUUUGCUUACAAGAGCUGUAAGCUGCUUUCUGUACUGUUCCCAUGACACUUCCAGACUUCUUUCUGUGUUCUAGGAUGUAAUGUGUACAGUCAGAGUUAGCUUUGUAAAGGUGUAAGAAAUUUUAAGUAGGCAGGAGCUGCCUUUUUAGUGUCGCACUUUCUGUUCUAGUUAAGAGAAUAUAUUAUAAAAUUAUUGGUUCUUUUUUUUUUUUUUUAAUUUGUUAAUGUCCAUGCACAAACAACCCUGUCUCCAGAAACAGAAAUAUUUUUUUUCUACAGCGUGGCAAUAUCCAAGAUGGAAAGGAUUUGUGAGAUACUGUUGGCUAGAACUCAGUUUGUGAGAGGUGGAAGCUGUUAAAACUUAGACAUAUCCCUUCAGAGAAUAUAACACGGUUAAUUAUUUUGUCAGACUUUAGCCUUUUAGUCUUAAAUUGCUUGUAAAGUUAGAGCCUGUGUUUUCUGAAGAAAUUAAUCUUUCUGUUCUUGAUUAACUAUUCCAGCCGUGUAACUUCAUUUACAGAAACAAGCUGAUUCCUUAGAGAUGAGAACAGAUAAAUAAAAUUAACUGUACAGAGAAC